AUGUCUGCACUUCCUCCUGCUGUCACCGCCUUGUCCGCCCCGGGCAAGGUUCUACUCACUGGUGGCUACCUCGUUCUCGACCGCAACUACACGGGCACAGUCUUUGCGCUCGACGCAAGGAUCCAUAUCGUGGUGCAACAACUGAGACGUGGCCACCGCAGAGGACCGUCCGAGUCAGGGAAGUCCGGAGAAGGCGCGCCGACUGGAGCCGUCGAGGAGGGCAGUGCUGUGGACGAGAAGGACAGCGAAGAUAUUGUCGUGGUGCGCUCGCCGCAGUUCAUAGAUGCGUUGUGGGAGUAUGGCAUCCAGCGUUGCGAGAACGGCGGCGGUAUCAAAGUCGUCCAAAGGAAUGAUGGACGUCACAACCCGUUCGUCGAGACCUCCCUCAACUACGCGUUGACCUACAUCAGUUACGUCGCCGACUCCAAGGACUUUGGAUCGUUGUCAAUCACCAUUCUCGCGGAUAAUGACUACUACUCUGAGACCGCUUUCUCCAAGGCGUCCGAGCUACAAUAUGCGGGGCGAUUUGUGAACUUCGGCGUGCCCCUGCACGAGGCGCACAAGACGGGUCUUGGCUCCUCUGCGGCCUUGGUUACAUCUCUCGUAUCUGCACUGGUCAUUCAUCGAACAAUGCAGCCUGAUGACCUCGGUGCCGCUCGCGACAAACUGCAUAACCUGGCGCAAGCAGCCCACUGUGCGGCUCAAGGAAAGGUGGGAUCCGGUUUCGACGUUGCCGCCGCGAUUUACGGCUCUUGUCUCUACCGGCGAUUCUCCCCCAGUAUCUUAGAGUCCGUGGGCGAUGUCGGAACUCCCGGAUUCGAGGAGCGACUGUUCGCAAUCGUCGAAGACGUCAACCCCCAACACCCCUGGGAUACGGAAUGUCUGGAUUUCGGCAUGCAGUUGCCCCGCGGCAUGCAGAUGGUUCUAUGUGAUGUCGAAUGCGGCUCUCAAACCCCAUCCAUGGUCAAGAAGGUGCUUGAAUGGCGCAAGCAGAACCAGCAAGAAGCCGAUCUGCUCUGGGCGGCCCUGCAAUCCAACAACGAGAGACUGUGUCUCGAGCUGAAGCAGCUCGCGCAAAACCCGAACCAUGAAAGGGCCACUGACUACAGUGACGUCCGCAGCCUGAUCCAGCGCUCGCGCAAUCACAUCCGCAGCAUGACCCGGAAAACGGGCGUGCCGAUCGAGCCCAAAGUGCAGACCGAGCUGCUGGACGCCAUCUCCGAGAUCGAGGGGGUCGUCGGCGGCGUGGUCCCUGGCGCUGGUGGAUACGAUGCCAUCACCCUCCUGAUCCGAGACGACCCCGAAGUGAUCCACCGAUUGAACGAUCUCUUCGAGACCUGGGAGAGUAAGGUGGAAGACGACUUUGGUGGUAAGAUCGGCCAAGUGCGUCUCUUGGGUGUGCGUCACGGGUCCGCCGGAGUGAAGAAUGAAUCGUUGGACCAGUACUCUGGCUGGGUAUGA